UGUUUUAUACGUCAAUGUCAAUCUGAUCGGAAAGUAGACAGAGAAUUCAGAGAAACCGAUCGGAAAGCCCUUAUGUUGUUGGCGAAAUGAUUAUUUAACACAUAAAAUUAUCGUGCUUAGUUUGAGCGUUAUGUAUGCUGCAUCUUUACGGAUAUUAAAGCAAGUGAUUUCUCAGCAAAGGACGUAUGCCAAGAGUAAAACAUUUAAUCUUCGCAUAUUAAGGUCAAAAAUAGAUAUGGAACUUAAAAGCCGGGAGAAUCCUGUUGUUCUUAAGUUAGAAUCAGAAGAAUUCAAAAGUAUAUUUACACCUGAAGUUGCGGCGCUAAAAAGUUUGUUUGAUAAAUAUAAAUAUGAAAUACGAGUCGCUGGAGGUGCUGUCAGGGAUCUGUUAAUGGGACUGAGUCCUAAAGACCUUGAUUUUGCUACCACAGCAACUCCACAAGAGAUGAAAGACAUGUUUACAACUGAAAAUAUCAGAAUGAUCAAUGCUAAUGGUGAGAAACAUGGAACAAUCACAGCUAGGAUUAAUGACAAAGAGAGCUUUGAAGUGACAACUCUGAGGGUGGAUAUAGUCACUGAUGGCCGCCAUGCUGAAGUCAUCUUCACUACAGAUUGGAAACUAGAUGCUAAUAGAAGGGACCUUACUAUUAAUUCCAUGUUCUUAGGUUUUGAUGGCUCUGUAUAUGACUACUUUUUUGGAUAUGAAGAUUUACAAAAAAGAAGAAUUGCAUUUGUUGGUGAUUCAGACAAGAGAAUCAAAGAAGAUUAUUUAAGGAUUAUGAGGUAUUUUCGGUUCUAUGGCAAGAUAGCAGACAAGCCAGACAACCAUGAGGAGGAGAUCCUCAAAGUUAUAAAGAACAAUGUUGGAGGACUGCAAAAUAUAUCAGGUGAAAGAAUAUGGUGUGAACUGAAGAAAAUGCUGCAAGGGAACUAUGCAGGAAGUCUGUUGAAGACAAUGAUUGAUGUAGAUGUUGGAAAAUACAUGGGAUUACCAUCAAAUCCAAACCUAGAAGAACUGGAAAGAGUAAUGAAGAGGGCUGAGCACCUCAACCUGCACCCAAUGAGUUACCUGGCAGCUCUGCUCACAGACCUGGAUCAAGUUACUGUGCUUCACAGCAGGCUCAAGUUUUCCAGCUAUGACAGGGACCUAGCCUACUUCUUGGUAGAACACAGAGUAGACAAGGUUGCAGAAAGACCAUUACUACCUUAUGAAAAGCUGGUUUUGAAUACUAAAAUUAAACAAAAAGAUGCAAUUGAAUAUGUCAGAGAAGUUUUAAAAUACAGAGGAGAUGAAAAUCUUUUAGAACAGUUCAACAAAUGGGAAGUGCCCCGGUUUCCCAUCAGUGGGAAAAUGUUAAAAGAGGCAGGUGUCCCGCCUGGCAGGAUGUAUGGUCCUAUUAUUAGUAAAAUCAAGGAGAUGUGGAUUGAUAAUGAAUAUAAACAAAGUGAAGCGGAGCUUGUUAAGAUCAUCCCUAAUAUAAUAGAAGAAUUUUCAAACAACAAAAUAAAAAACAAUAAAUAAA